UGACGAGCAGAGGACAGCACCACGUGAAGAACCAGAUGAAAAGGUGCUUUCAUUUUAGCCCUGUUAAAACGGGAGGGAGCAUCAUAAUUCAGAGACUCCUCAUGUGACUGUCGCGGACAAACUGUAUCGCUGUAAGACCAGUGGGUUCCUGCUGCUGCUUAUGGACAUGUUGAUUGAAGAAGAGGGGGGUGCUCUUUCAUUGUAGCCGUGUUGAUGCGAGGUAGAGCAGACAGUGGGGGAGACACACAGUGAAGAUCGGUCGUCUUGUGCUAACAGAGCCGGGAUACUUCCAUGGGUUCCAUCACGAUGGCCGGGAGAGGAGGGAGAACAUGGUCGUUUUACCGACCAAUCCAUUAUUUAAACUAAAGGCCGGUACUGUUUCUUCCCGAGGACUCAGAGGAAAAGAAAAAGGUGAUGACCUGGAUGGUGCCAUGUGAAUGACUGAAGACCAUGAAGCCCACACACAAGCUGAUGUUCGUCCUGUGCCCCAUGCUGGUCCUGGGCUUUAUUUACUACUCCUCCGGGAAGCUACAUCUACACGUAUGGGGCCAGAAGCCUCAGGGUGAUGCAGAAGAGACAACUGUAGUCCUGACUAAGGGGGCUGAAGGGAAAAGCAUUACAGAGUUGGAAACGGACAUCACCGUGGGACGAAUAGUAGGCUCAGUGUAUGAUAAGCAGGGCUUUCUGCUGCAGCUGGACACAAAACUGUCACCAGAGUUGGCAUACAAGUAUGGAAACCUCAGCGAAGGAGUGUGCAAGCCAGGAUAUGCAGCAGCAAAGAUGACCGCCAUAUAUCCUAAGUUCAUGAAACCAGCACCAAUGUUUCUUGAUCGAAACUUCAAACGUCUGGGAAAAGUCAGCAAUUACUUACCUCCAUUUGGGUUCAAAACGCAAGAAAGAAUCAUAGACAGCAUUUUAACUGCCACAAAAAAUUAUGGACUUGGAGAAGAGCUGGACAGUCUCAGCUGUAAAAGAUGCAUCAUUGUGGGCAACGGGGGCAUCCUCUCCAACAAGUCUCUGGGUUCCCGUAUAGAUGACUAUGAUGUUGUUGUGAGGUUGAAUGAAGCCCCAGUAACUGGUUAUGGCAAACAUGUAGGGACCAAAACUACCUUGAGGAUUACCUAUCCAGAGGGAGCAAUUCAGAAGCCUGAAAUCUAUGAAAAAGACUCACUUUUUGUUUUUUCCGCCUUCAAACCGCUGGAUUUCAAGUGGCUCAGACAGAUGGUCUUCAAGGAGAAGCUGAGGGGCACAGAGGGUUUUUGGAAGUCAGUGGCUCACUAUGUGCCUCGGGAGCCGACUGAGAUAAGAAUCCUCAAUCCCUACUUCAUCCAGGAGGCUGCCUUCCAGUUUAUAGGUCUGCCCUUCAACAACGGCCUAAUGGGCAAAGGGAACAUUCCAACUUUGGGAACAGUUGCUAUAACGAUGGCACUGCAUAACUGUGAUGAGGUGGCGGUGGCGGGUUUUGGCUAUGACAUGAACAAGCCCCAUGCUCCUCUGCACUACUACGAGACUGUCAAGAUGUCCGCCAUUAAAGAGUCAUGGACACACAACAUAUCCAAGGAGAAGGAGUUCCUCCGCAAGCUGGUGAAAGCCAACGUCAUCACAGACCUGACCAACGGUAUCUGAGUUUACACCCACCCACAGUCUCCUUCUGCCUUCCCCAAAGGACUACUAAAUAGGAAGCGGGGAAGUGGAUCGACUCUGGGAGAAAGAACCCUUAGAACCCGGGUGGCCUGCACACCGUCUGGGUUUUCAUAUCAAAGGAGAUUAUUUAAAAAAAAAAAAAGAUACAGGAAAGUUUCUGUGGAGAGAUGCACACAUGUGCCUUCUGAACCAAAGACUCCUGCUGAUUGUUGCAGGGAGGAUGAGGAGUCGGGGGGGGGAUCAAGAGUCCGUUGCAGGAAAGCUCUACCGGCCCCAUGCUUCAUCAUUUAUCACAUCGACCCCCCACUCAAAGUAUCACAUGAAGGAAUAGGAAGAGCAGAGGUGACAUAUUGACAUUUAUCUCGACUUGCUAACUCAACGAAGGGACAGAGGAGAAGGAAUGAAAAGAGGACUGUAACAGAGCGUGUGCGGGGAUGGGUUGAGUAUUAGCAGUGCCAAACGUACCUCGUACAGGGGAGAGGUCGUCGUCCUCUCCUUUUGCUGCCUGAAUGUAUUCACUUUCCUCAGUGUAAAUAUCAAAGAUUUUUACUGUGCUUUUUAACAAGCUGCAGCACCCCUCUUCUCCAACUCCCACCCUCCGCCUCCUGUUUGUCCAUUCAUUUAUUCACUUUUUUUACUGUCUGUCCAGGGUCCAAAAUUAACACUUGCCAAGCCAGAUGACAGUAGAUAAAUCAACAAGGAUCACCUUCCACUCAGAGUGGUAUCACUUUGAGACAUUCGAGUGUUUUACUAAUAUACAGACUUCAGUUAUUGCAAUUUCCUCUGAAGUAUUUUGUCUGUAAGGGAAUUCUAUUAGUGACUCUAUAAACCAGGUUCCUCCUGCUUGUGAAGCUGGCUCUACACAGAGUGGUUGUGUGUGUAUUUCUGGUGUCUGGAUGGUUAGUUAUCCCCCUGUGGCUGAGAGAUCAGACAGAUCCAAAUUAAAGCUGAAUACAGAAAAAUUAUUUAAAAGUGUUUAUAAGUUUUCUAUAAAACCUCUAAAUCUGUUUGUUUUAAAAUAUUGAUUUUAACUUUGUCCUCACUGAAUAACAUUGAAACCAUGUAUCAGGAAUAAUGUAUAUUCAUUAUUUUGGUCAGUCUAAAUUAUUUUUGUUUUGUUUACCAGCUCUCGCAGGUGAGCCCAAAAGUUAGAUUGAAACACUGCAUCUCUCUCUCCCUGUCUCUUUGUAAAUCCUUCCUCCUCCAGGUUCAUUCAUGUCACGGUACUGUCUUCAUCACUUCAUCAGCUGUGAGCCUCCAGGCUACAGUGUAGACAUACAGUAACGUGUCCUGCAGGUUCUGUAUGUCGGAACCCUUUUCCAACCUCCUGUUGCUGCAGAUUUACUUGUUCUUCGGUAAAUGGUGGAAUCUCGGAUUGUAGAAUAUAAAUAUAUAUAUUUUUGUUUUUAGCUUAAUUAUUUAUUUUGUUACAAACUCCCAGCCUUUUGGUUACAGGCAGGCCUGCUUCCUGUUGUUUCUGUUCAGAUAAAACACAAAUGUUUGAAUUUGUGUUUUCGAAUCCACCACCAUGUGCUUCCUCAGAGACUGCAGCAUCUUUUAAGUUUGUGGCAGAAGCAGUGAAUUCACUGCAGAAUCUGUUUUGGAAUUGGCUCAGUGUUCAAUGUUAGUCGGCAGCCAUUAUUUCUGUGCUUUAUGUUACACGUGCUCUUCUUUUUACAGUGGACACAUAGAAGAUGAUGGUUGUGCCACAUUUUUCAGUAUUUUAACAAUGCAUUGCACAAAGGUUCAGUAUAACAUCAUUACAUUUGCUUCCCCCCCCCCAAAAAAGAACGAUAUGAGAAUGUCCAAAAGUCACUUUGCUUUUUGUCAUCUUAUCAAAUGUAUGCGAUAAUCAGCUUAUACACAGUGAUGGUGCAUUUUCAGCCCUGCUUUAUCAACGCAGGGUUUUUUUGUUUUACAUUUGUUUUUAUCAACUUUUGACAAUUCAAUGAGGUUAUUUCCCCCUAUUUUCUGUUUCUACUUCUCAUUUGGAAGUGCAUAUUUACUGUACACACAUACACACACACACACACACACACACACACACACACACACACACACACACACACACAGAGAGUUAACUCAAUCAGUAAGCUGCUCUUGUUGCAUGUUUCAUUGCUUCAUCACAUGUUACUUUCCUUGAUUAGUGUUUUUCUGCUGGGAUCGUGAAGCCACGUGUCCUUCCCAGUCCAGUCAGAGCGGUUCCGCUGGGACUGAAGGAAUGGAUCACUUUUUGGAAACUUCCGCCCUGUUAAGGACUUGUGUUUUAUUUUUGUGAGAGCAAAGGUACAGGGGAACAGCUGACCAUUGCACUAUCACGAGGCGCUCUCAGUGCCUUACACCUCAUCACCUGGAAACUGUAGUGAGGAGUUUGACAUGGGAAAGUAACUGCAGCUUGAUCCAGUAUGUAAGAUCAGCUCCAGGUCAGGACAGGUCAUUCCUCUAUGUGUGUGAUUUGGGACCAGUCCAUUUCAUAUGUGUGCUGUAUAUACAUAAUAUACAGUCUAGGAAGACUUGAAGCCUCAUACUGCUGGUUUUGUGAACGACAUACACACAAGUGUAGUUUAAGUGUUGGCUGCUUAACAGAAACUGUUUUAAUGCAAGAAAUUAACAAAUUCCCUUAUUUCUUUGUCCAUGGUGGCUAAUUUGAGUUAGCAUAUCUUGCUCUCUGCUACUAAUAUUUUAAUCUUUUUUUUUUACUUUUUUAUUUGCAUCUGUCUCUUCAGACCCCCAGAUUUAUGGAAGAGCAAUGCUAAACCAUUGGGUACCUUUUUAAUGCUUAAAUGUUGGAACAUCUUUGAAUGCACUAGCAAGUGAGACUUUGAAAUUGGUCCCUGCUGACCACCGCAAGACCAUAUUGUAAUGGGUCAUAGAUUUUGUAUAACAGGUUUUGCUGAAGGAAGAUUGUCAUAGUGUACUGACAUCAUUUGACAGCUGCUUGAAAGUCGGAAAAACAAUCAAAAUCUUCUUGUAUGUUUUGGAAUAGGGUCAUUAAUAAUGUAAAUAUGUGCACUCUGCAGUCAGCAAGCUAAAGUGAAACACACCAAACCACCAGUAUGGUCUUUAAAGCUUUGAGACUAAACAGAUCCAUAGUUGGAGUGAGAGCUUUUCUUUUCUUUUUUUCCUCUUUCUUCUAGGUUUUGAAUUUUAACAAAUGGUGGUGGAGUUUAAAUGGAUUGGACCCAAAUCACCUCUUCUGAUAAUCUCUUCUUAUUAAAGCCGAAUGUAUUCGCUUUUAUCAUUCAUCAUAUUUAUGAAUCCUGUUUUUUUUUUUUUUUUCAUCACAAUCAGUGGGAAGUCAAACGUGAUCAAAAGUGUUACUGUUUCUUUUUAUAUACAGUCCUAAAUGGCUUUCUGCAACUCAAUAAAUACGUUUGUAAUGGA